UGUCCAGACUGCAGCUUUGCUGGUGAGUGGUAGCUUACAACAGGACUUAGCUUGGUUAGGGAAUUAGAUGUGAGGCCACAGACAGACUGAAAUUAAAUUCCAGACAUAGUUUGACCAAGACUGGUUUUACAGCGCUGGAAAAAUAGGAUCUGAUUAGAAAAAUCGCCGAUUCUAGAAGUUACCUUAGUCACUGAAGACGCGUUACAAGCCAGAGAAUAGAGGACAUACAUUAAAAAAAAAAAAAUUUUUAACCACUUAGUGCAAUUUUUCAAUGCGGAAGAUGUGUUCCACUAUGAUUUUAAUCUUUCUAUCCACGUGCGUAAUGAGCGUGGCAUUUUCUGCUCCGUUUGAAUCAGAGGAUGUUGUACCUGUUCGGAUAAAUGGACGAAUCAGCAGUCGCUUUUGGAAAAGAAGUGAGGAACAGCCGAGGUAUAUCCUCAGUGCAUUUGGCCAGGACUUGACUCUAAGUCUUAUCCCAGAUACCAGUUUUAUUGCGCCUUACUUCACCAUACAGCGCAUCAAAGCCAGAGAUGUUGGCUCUUUACGCAGCGCUUCAGGUGGCCAACCUGCUCUGGACGCGGAUCUCCAGUCAUUAAUCAACCAGACCAAGGAGAGCGAAGGACAGCUGAGAAGCUGUUUCUACUCGGGGAAUGUAGAUCAUGAUCAAAACUCAGUUGUGGCUGUCAGCUUGUGCUCCGGCAUCUAUGGCUCCUUCAUAACGGAGGGGAAGGAGUAUUUAAUUGAGCCCAAAGUUCGUGGCGGCCUGGGGCCAGACUCUGCCGAGCAGCUGCAUGUCAUCAAAAGGAGGACACUGACCCAAAGUACCGGCGUUCCCCUUCUGUUUGAUCUCGCGGUGGAGGAGAGCCGAGCAGAGAAGCACAAUGGGGAAAGUUUUACGCACGGCGACAGUGACGCACACAGGGAACCUCGCCGUAGACGCUUUGUUUCCGCGCCACGGUUCAUAGAGACCCUGGUCGUAGCAGACUCAACCAUGACCCACUUCUAUGGAGAUGAAAUAAAGCAUUAUAUUCUAACUCUGAUGUCAAUGGCUGCCCAAUUGUAUAAGCACCCCAGCAUAAAGAACUCAGUGAACAUGGUGGUGGUGAAGAUGUUGGUGGUGGAUGAGGAGGUUGGUCCAGAGGUCUCCAGCAAUGGAGGUGUGGCCUUGAACUUCUGCACCUGGCAGCAACUUUUCAAUCCUCCAAGCCAGAGGCAUCCAGAGCACUACGAUACUGCCAUGCUCUUCACCAGAGAGGACAUCUGUGGACAAAAGAGCUGUGACACAUUAGGUGUGGCCGAUGUAGGCACUAUGUGCGACCAGAGAAGCUGUUCUGUUAUUGAGGACAAUGGCCUGCAGGCGGCCUUUACAGCUGCACACGAGCUUGGUCAGGUGUUGAGCAUGCCACAUGAUGACUCUAAGACCUGCGAGAGGCUGUACGGAGAUCUGGGAGGUCAUUAUCUAAUGGCUCCUUUGUUUGUCAGCCUUAACAAAACAUCACCGUGGUCUCCCUGCAGCGCACUCUACAUCACUGAGUUCUUUGACAACGGACAUGGCGAUUGCCUGCUAGAUGUCCCCGAAAACGCCAUGCCGUUACCAGAAGAGCUGCCAGGCAUCAAGUACAACCUGGACCAACAGUGCCAGCAGAUUUUUGGAGAGGAGUAUGUCCAUUGCCCGAACACCUCAGACAGCGACAUCUGCAGCCAACUGUGGUGUCAACAAGAUGGGACCACACAGUGCACCACCAAAAACGGCAGCUUGCCCUGGGCUGAUGGCACCAAUUGCGGCGUCAAUGGGAUGUGCCUGCAUGGGGUGUGCAUGCCAGCCCAGGAAGUGAUACAGCCACCGAUGGUUGUGGAUGGUGGCUGGAGCUCGUGGGGACCCUGGCAGCAGUGCUCCAGAACAUGUGGGGGUGGGGUGGAGUUCUCCUAUAGGGAGUGUACGGACCCUGUGCCGCAAAAUGGAGGGAAGUACUGUGAAGGACAGCGAGUCCAGUACCAGUCCUGUAACACACAGCCCUGUGACGACAACAGUGGGAAGAGUUUCAGAGAGGAGCAGUGUGAGAAAUACAACAGCCCCAAAUACCUGGACUACAAUGGCAAUGUGAAACAGUGGAUACCAAAGUAUGCUGGUGUUUCUCCCCGAGACAGAUGUAAGCUGUUCUGCAGAGCCAGGGGCAGCAGUGAAUUUAAGGUGUUCGAAUCCAAGGUUAUAGAUGGAACAACCUGUGGCCCUGACACCACUUCAGUAUGUGUCCAAGGCCAAUGUGUGAAGGCAGGCUGCGACCAGGUGAUUGGAUCCAACAAGAGGGUGGAUAAGUGUGGAGUCUGUGGAGGGAGUGGGCUAACAUGUAGAAAGAUCACAGGCUCGUACAACAAAGCAAUUUUUGGAUACAGUGACAUUGUUACUAUUCCUGUUGGUGCAACUAACAUUGACAUCAAACAGCGGAGCCACAAAGGAAUCAAGCAUGGGAACUACCUUGCCAUAAAAAGAGAGAGUGGCGGUUACAUUCUCAAUGGUAACUUCUCUGUCUCUACAGUUGAGCAGGACAUUCCUGUGCUUGGCGCUGUGCUCAAGUACAGCGGCUCAUCCACCACUCUGGAGAGGAUCCAGAGUUUCAGGCAGCUGAAGGAGGCCAUUACUAUCCAACUCCUGGCCACUGGAGGGGAUGCUAACCCCCCAAAGGUUAAAUAUAUUUUUAUUCCUAGAGAUGCAACCUUCAAUAAAUCCAAGGAGAGGAAAGGGUUGGCCCCAUCUAUGCAUAUGAUCCAUCCAUUUGGCGUACCAGACUGGGUGCUGGGAGAGUGGUCUGAGUGCUCAAGGUGUGGCUCUGGUUGGUCCCGGAGGAGCGUGGAGUGCCGGGACAAUGCAGGUUUCCAGUCCAGCCACUGUGACAAAGACCUGAAACCUACUGACAUCAGGCCCUGCGGGGAUCUGCCCUGCCCCAUAUGGCAAAUGGGACCUUGGUCUGCCUGUUCACGAACUUGUGCAGGGGAGCACCGCCGCAGUGUCUUCUGCAUAGACUACACUGGGAAGACUGUUGAGCCAGAAAAGUGUGAUGCAAGCAAGAUCCCAGAACCAGUCUCUGGAGAAUGCCUCACCAAGAGUGCUUAUGAAGAACAUGUGGAUGGUUGACUUUGAAUGAGUCUCUUUUUGCUCUGACUGCACUUACCAACCCGUUGUGUCAAUGGCAUUUGCCUAAUUAUUCUUUGUCAUCUUUGUUUGACAUUUGACAACCACUAUUGAAAUUUACACAAGUGAAAAUCUACCUCAGGAUGUACAUGUAAUGGCUAUGUCUAGAUACUAGAUUCUAGAUGAAGGUGCUGUGUGUGUUUUCUCGAGAAAGUCCCAUUUUUAGAUGACAUUUGGCUUAUUCCGCAGUACAUGUUUCACUUUAUCUUUCAAUGUGAGCUGUCAGUUAAAGUGGGACUGGAGCAAUGGCAUGAAACCUGCUGUCAAACACCAGCACAGUGUAAAUAUACCUCCAAUUCUCCUCCACAGAACUCAAUGGCCGAUAAAGCUUUGAUGGAGCCAUUUACCUAAGUUAGUUGAGGUAGGUACAUUUAGGUUGGUGUUUUAAGAUUUUAAGCCUCUGGGAAAUGUGCUCUUGUUGGAUUGCUUCUCUUUUCUACACAUACUCACUUACCAAAAUGUGAUUUGUGUUAAGUGAUUACAAUGGUGAUAAUGUCAAGUAUUGACCCUAACAUAAGAAAUACUGAACUACACUAUGGUAACCAAGGAUAUAUGCUAUAUUUAAGUUGAUGAAUGGUGGUUAAACCACGCUGACACUAAACUGAAGUAAUUUGGACUAGAAUAUGUUAUAGCCUUAAUUAGCCGAAACAGAUUGUUUAAAUGCCAAGUACAUGUAUAAAUUUAUAGAAAUAGUCUGAGUUUACACAGUGUGUGAAAUUUUUAGCUAGAGGAUAACCAGUCAUUUCUGGCAAGGGGUAACCUAAAACAGAGAACUUUCCUCUGCCCUGUAGUUACACUUAUACAUAUUCCUUUCAAUUUUGUAUGAGGUUAUAAUGAGGUUGACAUGAAUAGUGGUGCAAACAGACUGCAAUGCAACAGAUGCGCUUGGAGGUGUUAUUGCUAAGUUAAGUGAUAAGCAUACUAUCUAUCAUGCAUAUGAAAAAAAAAAACAUUAAUUUUAUUCAUUUCCCGAUCCUGUAUUUGUUGUUGCAUUAUGCAAAUGCUCACAGUUGUAUGUAUAUUUGAUUCUUCAUUCCUGUUGUUAAUUUACAGUAUGUUAUAAAGAAAAGAGAUGGAGUAUUAGGCCUAUAUACCUUCAGUGAAGGACCAUACUAUUUAUUGUUACAGCUUCCUUUUUAGCUAUUUAUUUUUGUAAAAUUUUUACCAUGGAGAUGUAAUUGACAUGGCAUAUGCUGCCUGUCUUUGAGAUUUUUGUCUGUAAAAUGGUCAAUAAAGACAUGUAUGUCAG